GUUUUCAAACAGAACAGGAGUCACGCUCAUCAGACAUAUGUUCAAUUUACUGCGGGCCUUCUGUUUGGAAUCAGCUUCCUUAUCAAUUGAGAACAUUGACCGAUAUUGCUUUGUUUAAAAAGAGACUAAACACUCAUCUCUUUGGAAAGGAGAUUUGGAACGCAAUUGAAUCCUUGGUGCAGAAGCAUAAAUGCAAGACACUUGCUUUGGUGCAAGAUCGGUAUGAUGUCCCAAAUCCACUAAAGGCUCAACGUGGAUCCGGUCUUCGCCAGCGUGUGACACUAGACUCCCCGGUGCCCAGCCACUUUAGGGAAGAUUAUAUGAAGAAUCCUCAGAACAAAGAAGAGCUGUACGAAAUGUUCAUGACGUUUUUGCAUGAACGGUCGUUAGAAAAGGCGGAGAUGAGAAUCUAUGUCACCAAAAACUCUAGAGUUCUCUCAAAUAGAGGUCCAUCCUUUUUUGAGCCAAGCAACCACAUCGAAGCUGACACCCGUGUGGCUCUCUUCGUGAAAGAUGCGUUGCAAAAAAACUUCAAGAGAAUUCUUGUGAGAACUGGUGACACUGAUGUCAUAUUUAUUCUUGUUGGACAGUGUCGAAAGUUUCUGCUGUUGAAUAAGAACCUGCAACUCUUUGUUGAUAUGCACACAAGUUCGUCUAAUAAGGGUUCUUCCAGUUACAUCGAUAUAGUGAAAAUAGCGACUUCUAUUGGAAUCAAUAGGUCUGUCGGACUACCUCUUCUUCACGCCUACUCUGGAUGCGAUUAUACGCCCAGCUUUUACGGUAUUGGAAAAUCGAAGUGGUUCGAUACAUACUUGUUACACCCAGAAGUCAUGGACAUGUUCACAAGGAUUGUGGAGAAUCCUGAAUCAGUACAAGAAGCAGAAAUCGUCAAGAUAACACAGUAUACCUUAGCUGUGUACGGGGUGGAUGAUCCUAAAAAAGGCCUGCUAGAGGGCAGAUUUGAUCGACUUACUUCAAAGAAAAUCAACACCUUUCGUUCGCUGCCGCCAUCACCUGGUGCUGCAAUCAUCCAAUUCCGUAAAGCUGUUCAUAUUGCAGCACAUAUCUGGGGCAAAGCGUGUGAACCUGAAAUAACUCCGCCAGAUAUGUGCAGCCCACUACAAGGGUGGAAGAAGGUCGGCGAGAACGUGGAACACAUUUGGACUGUAACACCUGAGCCAACUGACAAGGAUCGCUACGCUUGCUGCAAGAAGACAUGUGGUUGCAGAAGAAAGCAGGACAUUUGUCAAGGAAGAUGCUCCUGUCGUGAUGCAGACAUGCCUUGUCUUUAUUUAUGUAAAUGCAGAAGGAAAUGUGCAAGUUAACGUCUUAUAUCAACGUUGAUCCAAAAUGUAUAUAUAGGAAAACCUAUUAACAAUUAAUAUUGUAACCUUGAUGCCUGCAUCAUAAAGAUUUAUUUUGAAAAUGAUAAAAUUAGGACACUCUAAUAUAUUUCUAACCCUUUUUCUAACAGCUUUACAUGUCCAGUCCACAUUAAGCCUUAUUUCAAGGGAAAAAGUUGAUUUCAGAUAUUAUUAUUCAUAUUUGAAAGUAAUACGUGAAUCGUAAGAAGAUUUAUCUUCAAAAACAUGUUCGAUUUACUGAUUAGAUCGGUGGCAUCUGUAGAAUAUAGUGUUUAUGUGGAUCAAUCUGUUAAAGCAGGGCUACUGUAUCAUUUUAACAUUAAUUUUGCAUAGUGACGAUACAUUUAUUCUGCCUCCUGUAAUUAUCUAUUUCUCCAGUACAGUGUUACGG